GGAUUAGAGUGGCGAAUUCUGAGAGGGUUCUCUCAAGCACACUACUCAUCUUCUUCUUCACCCAAAAUGGCUACCUUUACCGUUCCCAUACCCACAACUUUUUCUUCACUUUCAUCAUCUUCUUUUCCUUUCCUUAAACCUCAAACACGUUUUGGUUCCGUUCACACCCCACUCUCUCCAACCACCUUCAACAGAAAACGCUCCUCAACCACCAUCCUCGCCGUCGCCACCACCCAAUCCUCCGAGGCUGCGGUCUCCGGCGACCAGAAGCAGAAGCAGAAUCAGAUUGUUCUUCCAACUAACCAAUCGUCUGAGAGGCUUCUCAGAAUCCGCCACACGUGUGCGCAUGUGAUGGCAAUGGCCGUUCAAAAGCUUUACCCUGAUGCAAAAGUCACAAUUGGGCCUUGGAUAGAAAAUGGCUUUUAUUAUGACUUCGAUAUGGAGCCUCUGACUGAUACAGAUUUAAAGAAAAUCAAGAAAGAGAUGGAACGAAUUAUUAGCAGAAAUUUACCCCUUGUAAGAGAAGAAGUUUCGAGAGAUGAAGCUCAUAGAAGGAUAACGACUUUGAAUGAACCAUACAAGAUCGAGAUUUUGGAAAGCAUUAAGGAAGAUCCCAUCACAAUUUAUCAUAUUGGCGAGGAGUGGUGGGACCUCUGUGCUGGACCUCAUGUUGAAUCUACUGGAAAUAUUAACAAGAAAGCGGUUGAACUUGAAUCAAUUGCUGGUGCUUACUGGAGAGGAGAUGAAAAGAAACCGAUGUUGCAAAGGAUAUAUGGUACCGCAUGGGAGAAUGAAGACCAGUUGAAAGCUUACCUUCACUUUAAAGAGGAAGCUAAGCGUCGGGACCAUAGGCGCCUAGGGCAAGAUCUUGAUUUGUUUUCAAUACAGGAUGAUGCUGGUGGGGGUUUAGUUUUCUGGCACCCUAAGGGUGCUAUUGUGAGACACAUAAUUGAAGAUUUCUGGAAAAAGAUUCACAUUGAACGUGGUUAUGAUCUACUGUACACGCCGCAUGUGGCAAAAGCUGAUCUUUGGAAGAUCAGUGGUCAUUUGGACUUCUACAAAGAGAAUAUGUAUGAUCAGAUGAACAUUGAAGAUGAGCUUUAUCAGCUUCGACCAAUGAAUUGUCCUUAUCAUAUUUUGGUAUACAAAAGGAAGCUUCAUUCCUAUCGGGAUUUUCCUAUUAGGGUGGCAGAAUUGGGGACUGUUUAUAGAUAUGAACUAUCUGGAAGUUUACAUGGCCUUUUCCGUGUCAGAGGUUUCACCCAGGAUGAUGCACACAUAUUUUGUUUAGAUGACCAGAUUAAGGAUGAGAUCAGGGGUGUCCUAGAUCUUACAGAAGAAUUAUUAUUGCAAUUUGGUUUUGACAAGUAUGAAGUAAAUUUAUCUACAAGGCCUGAAAAAGCGGUUGGAGACGAUGGUAUAUGGGAGAAAGCUACCUCUGCUUUAAAAGAUGCUUUGGAUGACAAAGGUUGGACCUAUCAAAUUGACGAUGGAGGAGGUGCAUUUUAUGGGCCAAAGAUUGAUGUCAAGAUUGAGGAUGCUCUUGGAAGGAAGUGGCAAUGUUCAACCAUACAGGUUGAUUUUAAUCUACCACAGCGUUUUGACAUCACAUAUGUUGACUCAAACACUGAAAAAAAGAAACCUAUAAUGAUCCAUAGAGCAGUGCUCGGAUCCUUGGAAAGAUUUUUUGGCGUUCUCAUAGAGCAUUAUGCUGGUGAUUUUCCACUAUGGCUUUCUCCAAUACAAGCUCGUGUCUUACCUGUUACCGAUGCUCAGCUCGGAUACUGCCAUGAUGUGACCAAAAAACUGAAAAUGAAUGGCAUCCGAGCUGAAGUUUGCCAUGGCGAGCGGCUGCCAAAACUCAUAAGAAAUGCAGAGAAGCAGAAAAUUCCAUUGAUGGCUGUUGUGGGCUCAAAGGAAGUUGAAACAGAAACAGUUACAGUUAGAUCUAGGUUUGGUGGGGAGCUUGGAACCAUGUCACUUGAUGAUUUUAUUAGCAGAAUAAAAUUGGGAACAGAAAACCCAACAUCGUCAUUAUGAUAUUAUUUCAAUUGGAGAAUGAUGGCCAUCCUAUUCGCUUAUAUAUUAGAUUGGAAAAGAAUGAAGGGGGCAUACAUUUGAAACAGCAUACUUUGUAUAUUACACAACAUUAAAUCACAAUGUCCAUGUACUCCUGGUGGUGAUAGUUAUGGUGAAUUCAAUUGGGAACUGUACAUUGAAUAACAAAGGCAGAAUGGAUUUUGAGGCAGGGGCAGACACAAGUAUAACAUUUGGCAUGAGAAAUUAUAUUUGUAUCCAAAGCAUUUUUUUUGUUGUAGUUAUUUGCAGCGUAUUGUUAUAUGCCACAUUUGUUGUCUUUUGUCCACUUCUUUUUCUUUUACCGUGAACUUCAUUUUGUAUUAUCCUUAAAUAAA